UCGUCUCCUUAUUUUCGCUUUACAAACUAAUACCCCCAAUUCAUGUAAAGCUUUGAGCGAUGUUGGCCAUUUUUCACAAGGCGUUUGCACAUCCGCCGGAGGAGCUCAACAGUCCGGCGUCUCGGGAUGGUUCAAGGAAGCCCAAGCUGCCGGAGGAGACCCUCAGGGAAUUUUUAUCUGCUCAUCCUGCCAACACUUUCUCUAUGAGCUUUGGCACUGCUGCAGCACUCGCUUACGUUUCUCCGGACAGGUCCUACCUAACCCACCAAAGGCUGUUCGGUGGAUUUGACGACAUAUACUGUCUAUUCAUGGGGAGUUUGAACAACCUGUGCAUACUGAAUAGGCAAUAUGGGCUGUCGAAGGGGAGCAAUGAAGCCAUGCUCGUGAUUGAAGCGUAUAGGACCCUGAGGGACAGGGGCCCAUACCCAGCUGAUCAGGUGGUGAAGGAUCUUGAAGGAAGCUUUGCCUUUGUCGUCUAUGACAGCAAAGCUGGGACUGUAUUUACUGCUCUGGGCUCUGAUGGAGGAGUGAAGCUGUUCUGGGGGGUUGCAGCUGACGGAUCUGUUGUGAUCUCCGAUGACUUGGGGGUCAUAAAAGCAGGCUGUGCCAAAUCUUUUGCUCCUUUCCCAACAGGGUGCAUGUUCCACAGCGAUGGAGGGUUGAUGAGCUUCGAGCAUCCAAUGAACAAGAUGAAGGCAAUGCCCAGAAUAGACAGUGAAGGGGUGAUGUGUGGGGCCAACUUCAAGGUUGAUGUCUACUCCAGGAUCAACUCCAUGCCUCGUGUUGGAAGUGAAGUCAAUUGGUCUAAUUGGGAGGACUACCAUUAGACCCGCCUGCUCUUUCCUGCUCAUCGUCUGAUCUUCAUCAACAACAUCCAUCCCAACCAGCUUCCUAGCUUUCUUUCUUUUUAUGAUUUGAUAUCCUGAAUGUUCCUCCUUUCCUAGUUGGGAUUUCGUAGAAUAAAUGUCGCAAGUGUGAUGAUAUUUCACUACUCUUUGAACUAAUAAUGAAUCCAAAGUUGGGGGAAAAGGGAAGAGAUAUCAUUGUUAUCCCAAACACAAGGAAAAGGGAUCAGGGUUAUGCGCUUGAUACGAUUGAGCCUUGAAAAGACAAAUCCUGCUCUCUGUGAACAAACCAAACUUGGUUGUUUUAGCUUUGGGACAUGUCAAUGUCAUUUGAAUAUUCAUCCUAAACAUAUUAGGAUGGGCAAUAUUUUAGUAGUUUUCGGAAUUCCUUUCUCCUCGUUUCCUCCAUCUAGUUCAAUAAAAUGAAUGUGAAUACGAUUUGAA